CCACCCGGGUCUGCGGCCCAAAUCCUUCCUUGCUAAGGACAGGGCAUGGAGGGGUGUUCCAGGGGCUGGGUGGGAAGGGGGGCUUGGGCGGGAUUGUGACAUAAGAUCACCCUGGUAACAUGGAGCAGAACUGGACCCAAUGCUAAUAAAGGUAGUGUAAAUAAAGGUGUCAUAAAGGAUGGGGCGGGGCACGUGCUUGUCAGGGACACCAGCCUUUAGGGUCUGCCAGAAUGGUUCCUGCUCAAUGCACAGAACCAGCGCUUCUCAUGUCUGGGCUAAGUCUCUGGGCCCUAUGGCCCUUCCUCACGUGGCUAAUAGUCCAGGAGGCUCAGCCUCUGGAGUGGGUCAAGGACCCGCUCCAGCUGACCUCUAACCCCCUGGGGCCGACUGAGCCCUGGUCUUCCCGCUCCUCCAAUCUCCCAUGGGAAUCUCUCCAUGGGCUUAGUUCCCCGGCAGACCCGGGGGGCUUUGAUUACCUGGGGUCCUCUGCUUCCUCCCAGAGGUCAACCCCGUCCCAGGAAUUGGCUGAGAAUUUGGUCCAAUUUCUGGACCCAGCUAGAGAGCUGCCCCCGGAGCCUGAGCACUCUUGGCAAGAAAGGCUCCCAGAGGAUAUUCUGUAUCCCGGCAGCCUGCCUCCAGAACUCCAGGUGAACUUGGAUGAGCCUCCAGGUCCUCCUGUGGAGCCUGAACUUUCCCCCAGUGAGCAGAAGCAGCCAGCUCAGCCUUCUGAAUCUUCUGGGGAGCUUGAACCUUCUCAGACCCAGGAGGAGACCCUAGCUCAGCCUCCAGAAGAGAUGGAACCUUCUGCAAUCCAAGAGGAGACCCCAACUGAGCCUCCAGGUCCUCCUAUGGAGCUUGAACUUCCCCACAGUGAGCAGCAGCAGCCAGCUCAGCCUUCUGAGUCUUCCGGAGAGCUUGAAUCUUCUCCAGCCCAGCAGGAAGCCACAGUUCAGGCUCUAGAGCCCCCUAAGGAGGUAGAACCUUCAAGCCAGCAGAUGGUCCCAGCUCAGCUCCCAGAGCCAUCUAAGGAGGUUGCAGCUCAACCUCCAGCUCAUGAGUUGACACUUCCACAUCCAGACCGUGUUCAGACUCAGCAUUCAAACCUGACUCAAACCACAGUUCAACCUUUGGAUCUGGAGCUUACCAUCACUCCUGAAUUUACUACAGAGGUUAUACCUUCCACAGCCCUGACGACUACAGCUCCUCCUCCAAAACACCCUGAGGUGACACUUCCACCUUCACCCAAGGGUCAGGCUCAGCAUUCAAACCUGACUCAUCUCACAGUCCAACCUUUAGAUCUGGAGCUUACCAUUGCUCCUGAAUCCACUACAGAGGUUGAACCUUCCACAGCCCUGACGACUACAGCUCCUCCUCCAAAACAGCCUGAGGUGACACUUCCACCUUCUGACAAGGGUCAGGCUCAGCAUCAAAACCUGACUGAAGUCACAGGUCCACCUACUGAACUAGAACCUACUCAGGAUUCACUGGUGCAGCCUGAAACUUACGCCCAAAAUAGGGUUUUAACUGCACGGAAAGAACAGGCCUCCACAAGCACCAACAUAUGUGACCUCUGUACCUGCAGAGAUGAGACGCUGUCGUGUAUUGCUCUCGGCCCGAAGCAGAGGCUCCGCCAUGUGCCUGUGCCAGCGCCGAACACCUACUACAGCAACUUCACGAUCUUGAAUUUACAAGGAAACUAUAUUUCUUAUAUUGAUGGAAAGGUAUGGAAGGCAUACCAUUGGACCGAGAAACUAAUUCUCAGUCGCAAUCCUCUGACAACUGUCGAAGAUCCAUAUUUGUUUAAAUUGCCAGCAUUAAAAUAUCUAGACAUGGGAAAAACACAAGUUCCGCUUACAGCAGUUAAGAACAUCCUCAUGAUGACUCUUGAAUUGGAAAAACUGAUCUUACCUAGCCAUAUGGCCUGCUGCCUCUGCCAAUUUAAAAAUAGCAUUGAGGUUGCCUGCAAGACAGUCAAGCUGCAUUGCAACAGUGCAUGUCUGACAAACACCAUACAUUGUCUUGAAAAAGCAUCUAUAGGGAAUCCCGAAGGAGUGAUCAUGAAGGUGUUUCAAUCCCGGAAGAAGCACACGAGCACUGAACUGACUAUUGAGCCAGAGACACCCUCAGACAGCAAUGGCAUCAACUUGUCAGGCUUUGGGAGUGAGCAGCUAGACAUCAAUGAUGAAAGUGAUGUUAUCAGUGCACUAAAUUAUAUCUUGCGUUAUUUCUCGGCGGGAAAUCUAGACGAUGGGGAGGCAAUGUUGUUACCGUUUAUUAAACUGCUUUUUUCAGGUUCGCAAGAUGGUGACAGGCCCCUGGGUAUUUUGAAAAACAAUAUAAAGAGCCCCUCUCUUCAACCUGCAUCCAACAACUCAACUUACAAAAAUAAAUUGAGAAAGCUGUAUUUUCUGGAAAAUGUGUUGGAUGCAAAAAUUCAAGAAAAAAUCGAUGAGGUUAAAAUGGAAGAAAAAACUGCCAUGCUUGUACAGUCCAGGCUUUUAGGUCCCAAAUUUAAAAGUCCAAUUUUGGGGACCAAAUUAGAAACUGCCCAACCACAGGAAAACAGCCUGGCAAAGAUUCAAAGUGUAGGGAAAAGCCUGGAGAGAGCAAACAGAGUCCUCAUGGGCCCAGGGCGCAUCCAGAAAAGGCACUUCAAAGAGGUGGGAAAGCAGAGCAUCAGGAGGGAACAGAGUGCCCAGGCAUUUGUGGAAAACACUGCCAAAGGAAAAAGGCCCGGGAGUGCGGCCCCAAGGGAAGUGGAACAGCCUCACCUGGUGCAGAGGCCCGAGAAGUUAGUGGGAAACACCAUCUACACCAAGCCUUUGUUCACCCAAGAGCAUAAGACAGGGGUCUCCUCUUUGCUGAAACCCUUCUCCAUGGGCGGGCCCUCUGCCUCCACCUCUGCAAAAGCCCAAUUUGAGAUCAAAAACAGUCUAAAGGCUCUGUUCUCUGCAGCAAAGAGCCUCAUAAAUUCCCCUUCAGAAGGGGCUUCUUCAUCUCAAGAAAAUCAUUUUCGAAAACUUUUUGCUCCUUCCAUUGAAACUGCUAUGCCAGAAGGCACCAUCUCUGAAGACACAACCUACAAUAAUCCUCCUGAGGCAGAUUCCACUGGAACUGCGUUCAACCUUGAGCCAACUGUUAAACAAACCCAUGAAAUAAAAUGGGAAUACAAUGACUUGGGCACUGACCUGUUUCCCAAGCCCAAAAACAAUUACCCAUUGCUCUCCUCCCCAGGUGAUCAGUUUGAAAUGCAGCUAAACCAGCAGCUACGGUCCCUCAUCCCUGACAACAACGUGAGAGGGCUCAUAUCUCAUGUUAUCCGGACCUUGAAGAUGGACUGCUCUGAGACCCAAGUGCAAUUAGCCUGUGCUAAGCUCAUCUCUAGGACAGGCCUCCUGAUGAAGCUUCUCAGUGAACGGCAAGAAGUAAAGGCAUCCAAGGCAGAAUGGGAUACGGACCAGUGGAAACCCGAGAACUAUAUCAACGAGAACAUGGAAGCCCAGAGUGAACAGAAAGAGCAGAGGUUAAGUGAGCACACUAAAGUUCCAGGAUAUGGCUUCAACAACAAACUCAUCCUGGCAGUAUCUGUGACUGUAAUUGUAACAAUUUUAAUCAUCAUUUUCUGUCUCAUUCAGAUAUACCAUCAUAGAAGGGCACCAAAGGACGAUGAAGAAGAAUUCCGAAGGGGCAUUUCCAGAGGUCUGCCACACAGGACAUCCUCACCGAAAAGUAUGAUUCAGGGUGGCUUUUGUUUAAGAUGGCCACUCUGGCUUAGGGAUAUGUACAGACCUCUCAGUGCCACACAUGUGAAAAAAAUGGCACUGAAGCUGCAUGACAGGGAGUCUGCCAGUGAGGACGAGAUCUUCAACAGGGACAGCAAAGCCCCAGCAGAAACUCCAUCAGAGAACACCCCAACCGGAGAGUCCACUGCUAAGGGGGAGGACAGUGAGGCCCUGCUGUAGUGACCCCAGUCCACCUCAGGCUUUCUGACAAAUACUUGCAAGGCCAUCAGAAAGAAACAGUACUGAAGCCAGUGGCCCAUGCAUCCACCAGAGGCAGGAGGCAGGGGAAGCACAGGGCCAUCUUGCCCUCCCUUGUUUCCCAGUCUAAUUAGUCACCCAGACCUGAAAACCUACCCUCAGGGGGUGGAGAUUUUACAAUUAAAUACUGUGGUUCUUGGUGCCCUCUCCCCUGGUUCAUCAAGCAUCAGUCAUAUAAUACAACAUACUUGACCUCCUGUCCACAGGGGACCUCCCCCACCUCUCGGCCCCUCUCAUAGGAUCACUGGGCCUACCUGCACUGUGGGGCCAAGCCCUGUCUUUUUCCCAAGCCCUCAAACCCAUGCAUGCAUGUUCGUCCAGACAUGGGAGGGGGCUUUUCACCCUUAUAAAAUGGUGGAAAAUUCACAUUUUUUUUUUGGUUCUGUAGUUGUUGUUUUUCUUUUUAAAAAUCCCAAGCCUUGGAUAGCAGAGAGAUGCUAGAGGGGUAGGGUCAAAAAGAGUGUGUGAGAGCAGUAAUUUCCCAAACUGCCCUCUGCAAGACUAUAUUUCAGAAAACAUGCUGGUGCGGCUAUGUCUCCAUUCACAUGUACUCCCCUAGCCUCUCCCGAUCCCUCACUGAUGCACAUCCAUAGCUGCACUGUUCCAUACCAGCAGUAGAAUACUGCAGAAGGCGCAAGGAUUCCUCCACUCCAUCUUCAAAGAAAAAGUCACUAAUAAGUCCCAUUUGGUAAGUUAGUGAACGUUAAACACAUUAGUGAGCAAAAGAAAAUCUGAAUGAACAAGAAUUGGUAAUCUACCUAACAGAACACAAGUGAAUGCUGGCAGUUCAGUAAUAGGAGGUAAAGAAUGGUGCCAACUGCAGAACAGCAGUAUGACUGCUCCCAGGAGCAGUAUGACUGAGAAGCAGCCCCGCGUGCGUGCUGGUGGGGGUUCUAAGCAAAGCUAGUCGCCCAUCAGUUCCAAUGAGUUUGCUGAAGCCGGACAAAAGACACCUGUUCUCGGGCCAGGUGCGGUGGCUCAUGCCUGUAAUCCCAGCACUUUGGGAUCAUGAGGUCAGGAGGUUGAGACCAUCCUGGCUAACACAGUGCAACCCCAUCUCUAAUAAAAAUACAAAAACUUAAUUGGGCAUGGUGGUAUGCACCUGUAGUCCAAGCUACUCGGAGGCUGAGGCAGGAGAAUCACUUGAACCCAGGAGGUGGAGGUUGCAGUGAGCUGAGAUUGCACCAUGGCACUCCAGCCUGGGUGAUAGAGUGAGACUCUGUCUCAAAAAAAAAAGAAAAGACACCUGUUCUCUUGCUGCCUGCCCCAGUUACCUCCCCAAGUUCCUUACUGAGACUGAAAAGUGUCUUUCUGUGUAAUGACUUCAGUGAGCAAAUAUUUGAGUGGAAAGCACAACACUAAAUAGUUAUAAGUAUAGGCAGAGCAGCAGCUACCAUUUACAAUUUGCUUACUUGAUGCCAAACCCUGGGUUAGGAAUUUUACAGUCUUACAUUAUUUAGCCCAGCAAUCCAUGGAAGCAUAGUUUUUAAAAUUAUCAUCUGACAUAAGGAAACAGGGCUCGAGGAACAUAGGUGACCUGCCCAAGUGUCCAAGGCCACACAUCGAAAACGACAAGUUAGCGUUUUACACCAGGCCUGUUGGACUUCAAAGCCUCUUAACCAUUCCACUGCCCUGCUGUAGGGCAUGGGAGAUAGAGGGGGAUGAGCUAUGGUUGCCAUCAAAGAGUCAGUAACAAUAAUAUGGUGAUGGUGAGGAUGAUGACAGCUGCUGUUUACUGGGCACCAGCUGUGGUCCAGGUACAGUGCUAAGCACUUCAGUUACACUGUUAAGUCACCAGGACAGACACCCACACCAGCUCUGUAAUGGGGUGAGUGUUAGACAUAAGCAGGGAGCUGACAAGAAGCCAAGACUAGGCUGGGCAUGGUGGCUCUCAUCUGUAAUCCCAGCACUUUGGGAGGCUGAGGUGGGUGGACCACCUGAGGUCCGGAAUUCAAGACCAGCCUGGCCAACAUGGCGAAACCCCAUCUCUACUAAAAAAUAAAAAAAUUAGCUGGGGUGGUGAUGCGUGCCUGUAAUCCCAGCUACUCGGGAGGCUCAGGCAGGGAGAACUGCUUGAACCCAGGAGGCAGAGGUUGCAGUGAGCCGAGAUCACACCACUGCACACCAGCAUGGGACAGAGCAAGACUCCAGCUCAAAGAAAAAGCCAAGACUAGAGAUCCUUGCACUGCUAGGCUCCCAAAGUCUGGAUUCCAAGCAUCUCCAGGUUCCUAUUUUGGCAUAUUUAUAUAAUUUUUAUGCUUAAUUUUUAAAUAUAUUUUAUGUAUCUCAAAUGUGUACAUGUUUUUUGGAGACAGGGUCUUGAUUUGUCACCCAGGCUGGAGUGCAGUGGUACAUUCAUAGCUCACUGUAGCCUCAAGCUCUUGGGCUCUAAAGAUCCUCCUGCUUCAGUCUCCAGAGUAGCUGGGAGCUACAGGCAUGCACCACCAUACCCAGCUACAAAUCUUAUUAUUCCCAAAUGCUACCCCACCAUAUUUCUAAAAACUCCCAAGAGUAAUAUUCUACUUUGCCCAGUUUGUCCUCAACUGAGCAGUUUUGGCUGAGCCCAGAGUUUCUGCUGGGCCAGCCUGUGGAUGAGCUGUGUCUCCCAGGCUGGUAUCCAUCCCUGCCUGUCCCCUGGGAGAGGGAGGGGUGCCCAGGGUCAGGUGGAACAAAACAUGACUGCCUAGGACUGCCCCUGUCUCCAUCUCACUGACGGCAAACCACGGCUCAGAGGGCCAGCUCUUAAGUGAGACCUGAGUGCCAGAGAGAGGUGGACGCAAGGCCAACAGCUACCAAAUGAAUAAAAAUUCUGAUUCCAAUUAAACCUGCCGGAGAAAUAAAGCAUUUGGAAAAACAACGAAAUAAGGUGAUAUCUGAUUAGGGUAAACACGAUGCAGACAAGAAAGGCAGCAGUUCAGAGGAGGGAAGGUCAGGCCGCCUGGGAAGAGUCCUUGAAAAAGACAGAAUGUGCCAGAUGCUGUGCCUGGUGCUGGGAAAGAGUUGACUAGGACAGCAUCCCUCUCAAAGGGCUCCUAGACUGGGGGGAGGAACGGACAUCUGAAUACAUCCUGAGUAGACAGCAUGGGUCGGCAUAGUGGCAGUGGAGCCAGGUGUGGUUCUGCUCUUGGUCAGCUGGAAAGGAGUAGAUGUAAGAGUCAGCUUAGAAGAAGGGAAGUGGAAGACAAGGUUUCUGAGCUGACAAGAGGAAGGAGAGGCCUUCUAGACGGAACACUACAAAGGCAGAGAACCCCUAAGCAGAGUGAGCAUCAACCUCCACAGGUUAAGGGCUCAGUCACACAGGACCACCCCCACAUCAGAUCCCAGUUGCAAGGCCAGGCAUCACCUAUGCAUCUGACCAACUGGCUAUAAAUUGGAGGUCCCCACAACUCCCUCCUCAGGUUUGGCCAUUUGCUAGAGCAGCUCACAGAACCCAGGAAAACAGUUUAUCUACUAUUACUGAUUUAUUACCAAGGAUACAUUAAAGGAUACAAAUGAAGAGCCAGAUGAAGAAUAAC